AUGACGGCCGUGCUCCUGCUCACGCUCAGUGGCCUCGCGCGGGCCAUGAACAGCCGCGCGCUUCUUCCUCGCUGCAUGUGCGCAAACCCGCGAGAGCCGUGCGCCUACGAUGCUCGUUGCACCACAGCGGAGAGGCCCGCCGGCUGCGCCGCUGGCGGCCAGCAGGGCUGCCGUUUCUGCGGGUUCGGCCUGUACGAAACAUGCCCGUCCCUUCCUCCGCCGAUGUCACCACCCCGCCUGCCUCCGGUAUCGCCACCACCGCCGCGGCUGCCGCCUCCGCCCGCCUCGCCACCCGAUAUUGGCCUGUGGACCGCGGAGCCUCCACCGCCCUCGCCCUCGCCGCCGCCGCCGGCUCCGCAAUCACCACCGUUGUCUGCAUGUGCAGCCGACAGCGACUGCAAAGAGAGUGGUACUCCCUCGGUGUCGGGGAUUGGCUGCUCAGCCACCACCCUCGGCAUCGGUGUCGGAGGCUUCGCCCUCGGAGGCCUGGGUCGCCGGGACAGGUCGCCCGGCGAGCGCGGCCACCAGGCGGCGUUGUGGGCCCGCAGCAGCCUCUACCAGGCUCGCGACACAGCGAGCGCGCGCAUCGCCGGCUUCUCCCGCCUCAGCGGCAGCCUCGGCGGGCGACGGCCCUUUCGCGAUCCCGCCGGUGGCGACGUGGAGUGCGCGUGGGCGGGCGACGCGUGCGACGCGUCUUGGCCGGGCGGCGGAGAGGAUUGCGGCGGAUCGGACGUGUCCGCCGCCACGACCAGCCUCAGCCGCCUGCUGGCGCAGCGGCGCGGCGCGGCGGCGGAGCGUGGGGCGGAGGGAGAGCUUGAGGGAGAGGGCUCGGCCGGUGGGUUUGGGCAGGGGCGCGAGCAGGCCGCCCCUCUGGGCUGCACGACGGGGUGCGCGGCCGACGAAGCCGCCUGUGUCGACGAGACGCCGCUGCAGCAGGUCGAGACCUUUGACGACUCAGUCUCAUUCGGCGCGCGGCUCGAGGAGCUGCUGGCCAGCGGGAAGACCUCCAAGGGCACCGUGAAGGGCAAGAGCGAGGGCGGUGCUUCGGGCGAUCCGGAUGCCAAGGGAGUGGGGCGCGCGAGCGGAGGCGAAUCGAGCUACGCGUACGCGGGAAAUGGCGGCUCGUCGACUCUUGCGGUGGCGGUGCUCUUCUCGUGCGGCCACACAGGCGCCGUCAAGGCGACGCCCGGCGUGCUUGCAGGCAGUUCAGCUACGCACUCGAGCACCGAUUGCCCCAAGAAGAAGGGCAACUGCAAGGUGACGAAGGCUGUGCCGGUCAAGUACUCGUCGCUCUCGACGAAGCAGCAGCAGGAGUUCGACCGCAAUCUCAAGGAGAAAAACGGCUGGGUUCUCCACCCCAACUUCGAGUGA